ACACAGCCGCCCUCGUUUCGUGGGGUAAAAAAAAUGAAAAAAUCCACGUCUGCCCAGUUGCCAGAGUACGCAAGGCGCCUGGACUCGGUAGCCAACGUCAACGUUAGCAAAGCUUCACGGCCUGCUGUGGCUUGACUAUUCGCAAAAGGGCCACUUAAGUACUCAGGCUCAGCAUCAUGAAUUUUGUUCGUCUCGUUUGCCGCCACAAGACUGCGCUGUUCCUGUGCACUGUGUGCACUUUUGCUGUGGUCCUUGUCUUCUUGGCCAAAUGUACCUCAGAAACCCUGAAGCAGGGUCAUGCCGAUCCACCGGGAUUGGCCCCCCACGCCAGCGCUUUACAUCCCCGUCCGGAGCAGCACGACCGAUCCGCCUCGUCCAAAGACGUGUCGGCAUUCCUGGUAGUCCUCAUCACAACAGGGCCCAAGUACACGGAGCGUAGAAGUAUCAUCCGGAGCACGUGGCUGUCCAAGCGGGACUCGGAUGUUCUGGCCAUGUUUGUUGUAGGAACUCUAGGGCUUUCCAAUGAAGACCUUCAGAACCUCAACGUAGAACAAGGACGGCACAAGGAUCUGCUCCUACUGCCUGACUUGAAAGAUUCUUACGAUAACCUAACCAUGAAGCUGCUGCACAUGUAUUCCUGGCUGGACCACAAUGUGGACUUCAAGUUUGUCCUCAAAGCAGAUGAUGACACGUUCGCUCGCUUGGACAUCCUUAAGGAGGAGCUGCGAGGGAAAGAGCCCACUCGCUUGUACUGGGGCUUCUUCUCAGGCCGGGGACGAGUCAAGGCGGCUGGGAAGUGGCGGGAAAGUUCUUGGGAACUCUGUGACUACUACCUGCCCUACGCUCUGGGCGGUGGCUACAUCCUGUCAUCCGACCUGGUGCGAUAUGUGCAUCUUAAUGCAGGCUACUUGAAAGUAUGGCAGAGUGAGGAUGUGUCUUUGGGUGCGUGGUUGGCCCCGGUGGAUGUUCGCCGAACGCAUGACCCGCGUUUUGACACUGAGUAUAAGUCCCGUGGUUGCAACAAUAAAUACUUGGUGACACAUAAGCAAAGUCUGGAGGACAUGCUGGAGAAGCACCAGAUGCUGCAGCGUGACGGCAGGCUCUGUAAGGAGGAAGUCAAAUUGCGACUCUCAUACGUGUACGACUGGGCUGUGCCCCCCUCGCAGUGCUGCCAACGGAAGGAGGGCAUUCCUUAAUAAUAUCUCCUCAUCGCUCGGCUAAAGUCAACUUUCAAUCCCUACUCAAAUCUGUCCUUAUUGCGUUUACAGUACUAGCCCCAUUGUAGCUUUGUGUUCUCCUCACAAAUCACUAAAUGAUUCAAUUUGAUCCAAAUGGAUACAAAUGGGAGAAUAGUUGCGGAAAUGGAUGAGGCCAGAUUAUUUUACUCUUGAACGACGGUCAGGUCAUACUGACGCAUUUAACAAAUGUCACAUAAAGUGAUUCUUUUGAAAAAAAGAUGUUCUGAGAUGUUUAUCAAGGAUACAGAACUAAAGUUGAAAUAGCUUUCUGAAAAACUGCUCUAAUGUCAUCCCAAUACUGCUCACAGCCACUGUGGGGCAGGAUUGCACUUAAGUGUAUCUGGAUUUUAUUUAAAAUGCUGUAAAUUGUCCUUGGAUGUUUAUUUCUCUGAGCACUCACACCCAAUUGCAAGGGGAAAUCCUUCUGUUUUAAAGGUCAAAGACAAAUUUUGCACAAAUCGUGUUCAUGUAAUGGUGGAAAUAUGAUUUUAAAUAUCAAAUUCUGCCUUCUGUACAAGCCUUCUUCAGCCUUGUCAGUCACCUCAGCUGUGUUGUACACUACCUUUAUUUCCUCCCGUUGAGCCUCUUCAUCACAUUUGUACAUUUGUUGAAAUUUGUGGGUCUUCACAUUAGGAAAUUCAUACCUGGCAUUAUAUUGUGUUGUAAAAUCUUUUUUUUUUAAUUAUAUUUAUUGUUAAUUUAUUAUGCAGUAAGAACACUGGUUGUUAUGCAGGCAUAUGAGGAGGCACAGUGAAUUUGUAGUCUUAAAAGUCUAUGAUCAAAGGUACACACAAACACAAGACAUCCUGCAAGUUGCACAUUGCGUGAAAGGGAAAAUGGUUGAAUGUGUUUUGUUCAGCAGGUCUUCCUGUUUCUAUACAAGAUAAGAUGCAUGUACAGAGUAUGUGAUGGUUAUGAAGAGAUCAAGUCAACAUGUUUCUACAACACUGUGCAGCAGUUGCUGUUUUUUAUUAUUUUUUUAUACUAUGUCAUCCUCCCUUGAUGUAUUAUUAAAAUGAUGUGGUACUGUCGCAUGUAUUCGUUGUCCGGCAAAUAAUUGGAUGACAUUUUAUUUGCGUUAAAGUGUAUUAAAAAAAAGUUUUUUCCUUCA